UCUCUCUACUUUGUAAUCUGUGAUUUGCUACAUCUAUUGAUGACAAGUUCAGGCUGCCUGCCGUAGUUCGCUUAAAAAAAACACGAAUCGAGCCGACGGCAUGGCCUCCGCCAACGAUGCCGAGCUGCGCCGCCAUGGCAUCCGCCGGGUCGACCUCCGCGGGGUCAAGCCCGGCUCCCGGGGCUGGGAGGAAGCCCGCGCCGCGGUGGCCGCGUCCAUGGAGGCGCUCGGCGCCGUCCUCGUCGUGCAUGACGCUCUCGGCCCGGACCUCCGCCGGGCCCUGUUCGGCCGCGCGGUGCCGGAGUUCUUCGCGCUCCCGCCGGACGUCAAGCGGGGGCUUGUCUCCGGCCCCAUCAACGGGUACAUCGGGCCGAGGCCCUACGCGCCGACGUACGAGAGCGUGCGCGCCUGGGAGACCACAAACGGCGGCGGCGUCCGGAACGUCGGCGACCUCCUCUGGCCGCACGGCAGGAAUCCUUCAUUUUGGUACGAAAUCUUCGUCAGCUUGCUGGUGUUUCCAUCUUUGAUUUGGUCACGUUUUUGCCCUGCAUCGUGCAGCGACACGGUCUCGACGUUCGCGACGAACAUGCUGGGCAUCCAGAAAAGAGUGGGGGCGAUGAUCCUAGAGGGCCUGGGCGUCGGCCAGGGGAGCGUCGUCUCCCACCUCGACUCGCUCAACUACAGCGUCCGGGUGUCGCGCUACGGGGCGUCGGAGGCAGCAGCCGCCACCGGCUACGGCAAGCUCAUGGCGUCGCACAGGGACUGCACCGUGCUGUCCGUGGUCGUGCAGCACGACGUCGAGGGCCUCGAGUUGCAGGCCAAGGACGGGAGCUGGCUCGCGGUGGCCCCCGAGCCGGACACCGUCGCCGUCAUCGCCGGCGAGCUGCUCGCGGUCGUGACGAACGGGAGGGUGCCGGCGUGCGUGCACCGCGUCAGCGCGCCGGGCGGCCGCGAGCGGCUGUCGGCGCAGUUCGUGUCCACUCCCAAGGACGGCCACACGGUGCGGCCGCUGGACGAGCUCGUCGACGGCCACCACCCGCCGCUGUACAACCCCUGCGACUUCGACGGGUACGUCCACUUCCGGUUCGUCGGGGAUGGGCGCAAGUUAAGCGACCCGUUGGAGGCCUUCUGCGGAGUGGCCAAGGACGAAUGAGCGAUGGAAUUCGUGGUCAAUGCUAGCUCCACGGUGCGCGGAGUAGUAACCAACGGACAAGUGACCCAAAAACUUGCUUGUACGAGGUGACGACUCUUGCAUCUAUUCGCGUCCUCUCUCUUCUUGAUCUGUUUGGCCACUCCAAUCCCUUCUCUGUUUCAACUCUCUCCGGAAAUGGUUGGUGUCGCUGCCAACGAGGCAGAGGCGGAUGCAGAAAUUGAAAGUAGGGAGCUCAUCUCUCUUCUCAUUUGUUCAAUCCCCCUCCCCCCUCCCUCUUCAUGUUUCUCUUUUUUCUCUUCCUCUCCCUCCUUACUCCCUCUAAUUUCCUUGGAGUCCUUUGGGUAGGGGGGCUUGAGAUCCCCACGCUGGCUCCGCCGCUGCAAUGAGGCAUUGUUGCUACAUAUAGAUAAGAAAAAUGCGGGAUCAAGAUUGUUAGGGUUAACCGAUGCUUGACUUAAGAGUAUUUAUGCAUGUGUUAAAAGUUUUCAAUAUUCAAAUAGAAUGAUUCAAACAUAUAGUCUCAAUGUUUUGAAUGUCGAAAUUUUCCAUAGAAAUUGAGAAGUUUCGGUAUCUAAGAAAUAAUGUUUCGCAAGCUAAUUUUUUUGGGUGCAUAAUCUAAAGUUUAUAUUUGGAGUAAAAGAUUCUCAAUCUUUUACUUAGAGACAAGAUGUCCAAGCUUUUCAUAAAGUAUUGGAUCUAAGAGUAUAAAGUAUUGAACUGUGAGGACAAAGUAUUGGAUAUAAGAGUACCAGUCCAAAUUAAGCUAGUAUAAACUUCAAGCUUUUGAAAUGUAAAGUUUGGAAUUACAAAAUUUUGAAUCUAUGAGUAAAAUGCUUCAAUUGUGAUAGUAGUAAGUACGUGAUUAUUUAGAAUGAGAAGUUUUUGAUAUAGUACUUCGAUGUUUGAAAUAUGUUAUUAGAAACUUUGCAUAUUUGUAGUGAAAGCUCAGAGUUUUUUAUGUAAUUUUUCUGACUACUGACUUCAAAGAUCCUAAAUUCAUAGUGUGAACUUAUUGAAUUUGGAGUUCAUAAUUUUUUUAUUUCAGAAGUUUAUUUUUUGAAUAAAUUGUGCACAAGUUUUUCAUGUAGUGUAAAUUUUUUUAAGUAUCCAUGUAUAAAGUUUUCAUUUAUAAAAUUUGUUAAACCCGUGUGGGUAUAAUAAUCAUUAGCUAAAACAAAAAAAUUAAUGAAAAGCACAAUAAUCUAAAUGAAGUGAACAGGAAAAUAUGCUACUCAUUCUGUCAUAUAAUAUAGCUACUUCUAAAGUUUUCAAAUAAACUAAGGAUCGAGAGUAAAAGCUUAUAUUACCCCCUUCUAUUGUUACCAUAUUAAGAGAAUAUUUAUGGGCCUUGCGCUGCUGCCAUUUAAUUUGUCUCAGAAGCACCCAGCUGAUCCUAGCACACAUUGAUUUCUAAACGAGCGCAAGUGAAUCGGAAGCAUAUAGUUUGAACCUUUACAUCAUAUUAUUUAUUUCUCGUACUUAAGAACUUCGGUUCAAUAGAAAAAUAAAAUAAUUAUUAGUACAAAUUGAUUAUAUGUGAAUAUAAAAGUGCAAAUAAUUGUACACAAUAUAGCAUAUAAAGUUUUGAAACUUGUCAGAUAAAAAUAAUUAUAACAAAUAAAAUUUGUUCUUCAUGAACAAAAAUUGAAAAGUCAUGUGAAACAAGAAAUAAAAAAAACUUGUUCCAUUGGAACAUAUGUGUAUAGAUAUUGUGUGGAGUAAGAACUCAUAUCGGUUGUGGAUCCGAUGCACGCACAGGCGAUUUUUGCUUCCUGCGCGCCAAAUCCCCCUCCAAGCACC